GGGACACACGCGCAGGGGGUGGGGCCGCGCCUGCGCAGGCUGCCUGCAAUGGCGGCAGCUUGCGCACCGUGCUGAGCGUUUCGGUUGGGACUUCAGGCGGCGGCCGGCGCCUUAAAGGAGCCAAGGACACUUGUCAGCUGCCCAAAGGAGGAAGCAGAGGUCCCAUCUGCAGUCGGGGUGUCCUUUCCCUCCUCCCCAGUGAGAAGAGGGGACUGAAGCCCAUCCAGCCCCAGCAUUCCCAGACAGAGACUGUGCUGCUGUCCCAUGGUUGAUGGGGAGCCCAAGCCAUGGUUGCCGUCUCCCGCCCCGGCCAUGGACGAGAUCACCUUCAAAAGCGACACCGUGCUGUCAGACGUCCACCUCCACACCCCAAACCAGAGACACCUCAUGGUGCGGCUGAGUGGCGUGGGGCAGCCCGUCUUCCUGUCCCAGUUCAAGCUUCUGUGGAACCAAGCCCCUCAGACAGACUCGGGGGCUGAGGGUGGCAAUCACAGAGCCCAUCACGCAGAGGCGACUCCUCCCGCCAGAAGCGGCUGCAGCAGUGAGGGAGUCUCCCUCCAGGCUGGGGCUGACGCCACCAGCCAGGAGGGGGUGGCAGCUCAGCUGGACGAGGAUGGGGAUUUGGACGUUGUGAGAAGACCACGGGCUGCCUCUCCCUCCAAGCCCUCGGGGCCUCCGAGAGACAAGGUACAUCCCAUGAUUCUAACGCAGGAGGAAGAUGACGUCCUGGGAGACGAAGCACGAGAGAGUGGCCCCUACGAUGUCAUCAAAAUAGAGCACACCAUGGCCACCCCCCUGGAGGAUGUUGGCAAGCAGGUGUGGCGGGGCGCCCUGUUCCUGGCGGACUACAUCCUGUCCCAGCGGGACCUCUUCCAGGGUCGCACGGUGCUGGAGCUCGGGGCGGGCACCGGGCUGGCCAGCAUCCUCGCGGCCACCAUGGCGCAGACCGUCUACUGUACAGAUGUCGGUGCAGAUCUCUUGGCCAUGUGCCAGCGAAACAUUGCCCUUAACAGCCACCUGACUGCCGCUGGAGGCGGUGUGAUUAAGGUCAAGGAACUGGACUGGCUGAAAGACGAUCUCUGCACAGAUCCCGAGGUCCCCUUCAGCUGGUCGGAGGAGGACAUCUCCGACCUGUACGGCCACACCACCAUCGUGCUCGCAGCCGAAGUGUUUUACGACGAUGACCUAACUGAUGCUCUGUUUAAAACACUGUCCCGACUGGCUCACAGGUUGAAGAACGCCUCCACCGCCAUCCUCUCUGUGGAAAAGAGGCUGAACUUCACGCUGCGGCACCUGGAGGUCACGUGCGAGGCCUACGACCACUUCCGCUCAUGCCUGCGGCGACUGGAGGGGCUGACCGGUGGGCGCCUGCGCUUCGCGGUGGAGCCGGUGGACGUUUCCUUCCCGCAGCUCUUGGUCUACGAGCGCAUCCAGCAGCUGGUAGGUGUGCCCGCCCGCCCGAGGGCAGCUUGCUCUGGCGUGAGGCUGUCGGCUGGAGGAGGUCGUGAGCCAGCCUCCAGGUCCAGCCCGGCCCGCGCUCUCCCCGCUGACCCCGACGCUGGGCUCUCUCCAGGUCCAGGAGGGCCUGCCUGGCCAACGGUCACUUGGCCUUAGAGCACUUCCUCUUGCCGCGGGCAGUGCAGAC